UUUGCAUGCUGCGAUCAACAGCUCGUUCUGUUGCAUGAACAGCUCUUAAUUCGCAGCACACUGCAGACUCUGAUUGGUCUGUGGAGUCACAGAGAGGAAGUGCAGCGCAACUUUCUCCAAAACCUUGGCUCUGGUGGCUCCAAAUGCUCUGACAGAGUCGUUUAGGCUAGAAAGAAAGAAGAGGAAAUAUGUCUGGCCCGCCACCACCGCCUCCUCCUGGCCCUCCUCCAACCUUUGCACUGGCAAACACAGAGAAGCCAAAUCUGAGCAGAUCUGAGCAUCAAGGAAGAAAUGCUUUACUGUCAGAUAUCGGCAAAGGAGCUCGACUGAAGAAAGCCGUCACCAAUGAUCGGAGUUCCCCAGUGCUGGACAAGCCCAAAGGAGGCGGAGGAGGUGGAGGCGGAGGAGGCGGAGGAGGUGGAGGUGGAGGGUUUGGGGGCGGAGCUCCAGGUGGACUAGGUGGGCUGUUUCAGGGUGGAAUGCCAAGACUGAGAUCAUCAGGAAACAGAGACAAUACUGUAAGACCACCGAUGCCUCCUGCAACGGGGAGAUUCCCAGCACCCAGCAGCCCAGCAGGAAGCAGACCCCCGCUCCCAACCGCCGGACGACCUUCUCCUGGGAGAGCCGGACCCCUACCGCCCUCGUUUCGCUCACCCCAGCACAGCUCUCCCAGCGGCCCACCACCUCUACCUGGAGGCCGACCAUCAAGUUCCUCAUCUUCUGUUCCACCCCCCAGCCAGCCGGGCAGACGUCCAAGCCUUCCUCCACCACCGAGAGAGUCCCAGUCUUCCUUCCCUCCACCCCCAAUGCCAGCAAGUGUCCGGCCGCCUUUACCCACAAUCCCAAGCAGGCCCUCAGAUGACUUCCCUCCCCCUCCACCACCCACUGGAGGAAGAAGAGCGUCAUUUUCUCGAGAUGGACCACUACCACCACCGCCGCCUGCAACUGAGAGUAAACCAUUGAGUUCUCAGAGGCCUAUGGGUAAUCCACCUCCAUCCUUACCUCCAGCAAGAGGAGGGGCCCCACCCAUCCCACCAUCCCCACGGGACGACCCCUACACAAGAGGCCCUCCUAGAAACAGCCUUCCUCCUCCACCACCUCCUGGACGCUCCAGCCCACUGCCGCCACCACCCAACGAGAGGCCGUCUCCAUCGGGAAGAAGACCAUCCAUACGGUCAGGUCCUCUACCACCUCCACCCACUGGAGGAGGAGGCAGAGGAGUGUCUCCCCCCGUGCCCCCUCCUAAUCGCCUCGGUGGAUCAGGCAGACCCCCUCUACCCUCAGACCCUCCCAGAGUGCCCAGCUUCCCUCCACCACCCCCUGACACCAUCAAUGGCUACCAGUGCCCUCCACCAUCUGCCACAGUUUUGGUUCCCUUUGAAAUUCAUUGUAUGGACAACAAAUACAAUGGAAGUCAAUGGGCACUGAAACGGUUUGAUUACCAGCAGAACAUCUUCUUCUGUAUUGCGCAGAAGAAAGAAAGUCAGGGUUGCAAUGAUAACUUUUCUUCAUGUUCUUUGUUUUAUGAUGACACUAAAGCAGUAAGACCACCGAUGCCUCCUGCAACGGGGAGAUUCCCAGCACCCAGCAGCCCAGCAGGAAGCAGACCCCCGCUCCCAACCGCCGGACGACCUUCUCCUGGGAGAGCCGGACCCCUACCGCCCUCGUUUCGCUCACCCCAGCACAGCUCUCCCAGCGGCCCACCACCUCUACCUGGAGGCCGACCAUCAAGUUCCUCAUCUUCUGUUCCACCCCCCAGCCAGCCGGGCAGACGUCCAAGCCUUCCUCCACCACCGAGAGAGUCCCAGUCUUCCUUCCCUCCACCCCCAAUGCCAGCAAGUGUCCGGCCGCCUUUACCCACAAUCCCAAGCAGGCCCUCAGAUGACUUCCCUCCCCCUCCACCACCCACUGGAGGAAGAAGAGCGUCAUUUUCUCGAGAUGGACCACUACCACCACCGCCGCCUGCAACUGAGAGUAAACCAUUGAGUUCUCAGAGGCCUAUGGGUAAUCCACCUCCAUCCUUACCUCCAGCAAGAGGAGGGGCCCCACCCAUCCCACCAUCCCCACGGGACGACCCCUACACAAGAGGCCCUCCUAGAAACAGCCUUCCUCCUCCACCACCUCCUGGACGCUCCAGCCCACUGCCGCCACCACCCAACGAGAGGCCGUCUCCAUCGGGAAGAAGACCAUCCAUACGGUCAGGUCCUCUACCACCUCCACCCACUGGAGGAGGAGGCAGAGGAGUGUCUCCCCCCGUGCCUCCUCCUAAUCGUCUCGGUGGAUCAGGCAGACCCCCUCUACCCUCAGACCCUCCCAGAGUGCCCAGCUUCCCUCCACCACCCCCUGACACCAUCAAUGGCUACCAGUGCCCUCCACCAUCUGCCACAGAUGAGUGGGGGAUGAGGUUUUCCUUCCGUCCUCUGUCUGAAUUACCUCCACCAGAGCCGUACGUGUCCUUCUCCAAGUCUUACCCCAGCAAAGCUGGCGGCAAAGGAAUGAGAGACAGAGGAGCGCCACCCUUGCCACCAAUUCCCAGAUGAAAUGCUUUGACAUUAUAGUGUGAGCUGGAUUUUCAUCUGCUGAAUGAGACUCAGGAACUCGUUUGUGAAAAUAUGAAGGUUUUUAGCUUCUCAGUGACAUUUUUUUAAAUCCCUUUUUCAUGCAUUUUAAUCCAGA